ACGCUUCCACUACAACAGCAUCAUCGAUCGCCGAGCGUGCGUGCUCUAGCUCUAGCAAUAGCAGCGAGGAGACGGUCGAGGAUGGAUCAGAACAACAGCAACAGGCAGCAGCAGCAGGCGCCGCCGCCACCACCCGCGGGCUACCCGACGGCAGGCGCGGAGCAGCAGGGAGGCAGCGGCAGGAAGCAGGGACGCCGGGGGAAGACGACCUCGCGCGGGGAGAAGGGCUUCAUCGAAGGAUGCAUCGCGGCGCUCUGCUGCUGCUGGAUCUGCGAGAUGUGCUGCGACUAGGCAGCCCCCCCUUCCCUCCGCCGCCAGGCUUUGAGCCUUUGACAGGAACGGAGAGAUCUGCUCCACCCAUAGCUGCAGUUGUGGCUGCACGUACUUGUUGAGCUGUUGUGUUGUGUCCAUCUCGGUACUUUUUGAUUUGUUAUUAGUAGUAGCUGUGAUGACGAUGCAUGGGCUGCUCUGUCUUCUGCAGCUCUAGCAUUACACUCACUACUACGUGUGCGUGUUGUACCGUUUUGUAUUGAGUGGUGACUUGAAGGUGGCGCUGGUGAUUUGUACUACCUUCUAUAUAUGCAUACUCCUUGGUACGCA